AUGGCCCAGUGUCUGGAAUGCCCAGAUGGUGUCUAUUGUGAGAUUGGUUCUGUUAAUUACACACACUGUCCAGUGGGACAUUACUGCCCACAGAAUACAAAGUUUGCCACUCAGUUCCCUUGCCCACGGGGGACCUACAGCGAGAUCCUGAGCAUCAAGAGUGUCUCUGAAUGCCAGCCAUGUCCUCCAGGAAAGGUCUGUUCCAAGCCUGGUUUGAUGAGCCCUGAUGGCAUCUGCACAGCCGGAUGGUACUGCCCACGAUCUGCAGCCCAAGCUUCGGGUUUAAUUCGAAUGUGCCAAGCUGGGACUUUUUGUCCAGAGGGCUCUUACGUUCCAGUCCCUUGCACUCCAGGUUUCUACUGUGCUUCUUCAGAACUGGCAGCUCCAUCAGGGCCUUGUGAUGGAGGUUUCUACUGCACUGGGGGUUCCACCAUCCCCAACCCAACCGAUGGAGCAGUCGGAGAUAUUUGUCCUCGAGGCCAUGUCUGUCCCCAGGGAAGUUCUUCACCAUCUCCUUGUCCUGUAGGCUCCUUUUUUGCUCACCGCGGUGGCAGGUCAAUGCAGGACUGCCGGCCAUGUGUGGCUGGCUGGUUCUGUUCCCGCCAAGGUCAAAGUUCUCCAGAAGGUUCAUGCAAAGAAGGCUGGUUUUGCCCAGAGGGAUCCGUGUCCGACCAGAAUCCAGACCACCUGUGUCCUCCUGGUCAUUUUUGUCCUGCGGGUAGCCCGGAGCCCAAGCCAUGUCCUGCUGGAAAAUACCAGGAUGAAGUUGGCCGAAGCAUAUGCAAAGUCUGUCCGGCAGGAAGGUUCUGUGGCCCUGACUUCCUGCCACUGGAUUCCCUGGAGAACUCUUCACACGGAGCGAUCAUGCCUUUCGAAUGCCCACCUGGAUACUACUGCCUCUCCGGAACAAAAGCUGCCAAGCAGUACCCGUGCCCUGAGGGCACCUUCAGUAACCAGACAGGCUUGAGCAGCUCCAGAGAAUGCAGGCCAUGUCCUAGAGGCGAAUACUGUGCAAAUCCAGGGCUUGUCACCCCAAGUGGCCCGUGCUCGCCUGGCUAUUUCUGUACCCUAAGGGCCCGGGUCCCCAACCCAGUAGAUGAUGACUCUGGAGCCUUGUGUCCGGCUGGGCACUUCUGCCCCGUGGGUAGCAGCAGCCCCACACCAUGCCCAAGUGGAAUGCUUCAACCUCAGACUGGGAUGUUGUCUUUCAAUGCUUGCUUGCCAUGCCCUGGAGGGAGCUUCUGCCAAGGCGAAGGACUGGCUAGUGUUUCUGGGCUUUGCCAUGCUGGAUACUACUGCGACCUGCUGUCUACACGCCCAGACCAGGACCUGUGCCCGCCCGGAUUCUACUGCCCCAAAGGCACAGGGUCCCCUGACUGGGGAAGACAGCUCCAGAAGCUAUUUGCUCCUCUGGUUACUAUUGCCCUCCAGGACAGACCUCAGCCAUGCCGGCUGCCCAUCGGUGCCCACGUGUUGCUAUCCAAGCUCCCAAACCAUGCCCUCCUGGGCAUUUUUGUCCCCCUGGCACUGCAUUUGGAUAUGAACACCCAUGCCCCAGUGGCACAUAUGGACCCAAGGCUGGUGCUGCUGAGGAAUCUGACUGUGAGCCCUGCCUGGCAGCGCUUGCAGAUGGGGUUGUGGGUGGUGCCAGGGCUCCCAAGCAAGCAGAUGGGAUUCAGGGGAGGCACGUGGGUGGACACUGCCAGUUUCCUCUUGACCGGAAACGAUAUCUGUCCUCCUGGGCAUUACUGCCCAAAUGGGACUGGGUAUCCCAUUCCUUGCCCACCUGGCUCCUUCUCUACCUCUCUGGGCCUGAAGUCUGAGCGGGAGUGCCAACCUUGCCCAGCAGGGCUCUACUGCAGCCAGUCAGGGAUGUCUGAUUUCUCACAGAUGGAACCGUGUAAUGAAGGUUCUGCCCAGUUGGGAGGUACUGCCGUGGAAAUGCUAACUGGGAACCUGACGGUCUUUGCUCCGCUGGAUAUUAUUGUGAGGGUGGAGCCACUGACGCAGUCCCACGAAGCACCUCUGAGUUUCCCCUCAAUGGGCCCUGCCCCUCAGGGCACUACUGUCCAGAGGGCACUUUGGUUCCUGUUGCCUGCCCAGGGCACUACUGUCAUCCCGGAGCGGCCCACCCAACUCCCUGCCCUAUUGGGGAGUACCAGUCAAGUCGGGGUUCAGACCACUGCCUCCUGUGCCCUGCAGGAUUCUACUGCCAAGGAGGACUUUCUGGAGACCCCAGACACUGUCCGCCCUACACAUACUGCCCUGCAGGUACACAGAUAUGUAAAUGCAAGUUCUUUAGUUCCUCAACCGUGUCCUGAUGGCACUUUCGCCUCUAGGUGUACAAGAGAAGAUCCAGUGUCUUACCCAUGUCCUUAUGGCCACCACUGCUACAACGUGAAUCAUACCGGCACUGGGGGACCCCGUGCUCUCCCUCUGUGCCCCAAGCAGGCUUUCCGAACAGAAGAAGAUGCUGAGAUCCAGUCCGAUUGCCAGCACUGUCCACCAGGCUACCUGUGCCCUGAAACAGGCUCAGUCAAUCCCUUGCCUUGCCGGCCUGGCUCUUACUGCGGACCCAAUACAGGGGUUCCUCCACUAUGUCCUGGAGGCUAUUUCUGUCCUGAGGGGUCAUCCACAUACAACACACCGACGCAGUUAUGUGCCUACCCCUUCUACUGCCCCCUUGGCAGUGCUCACCCACUUCUGUGCCCAGGAGGAUACACUGCCUUGAACACAACGGGUCUCAGAGACUCCUUUGAGAAGACCUGCAAAGCCUGCGAGGUGGGCACGUUUGGUGUCAGUGCCAACGACAGCCCUUCCUGCUCGCCCUGUCCCCCUGGAUUUAGCUGUCCAAAAGGCAGUGCCAGCUACCUUCAGCAGCCCUGCCCCAGAGGCUAUUACUGUCCUGCCAUGGUCCCUGCCCCAGUGCCGUGUCCUCCAGGCACUUACGGGAACACCAGCCUUGCGAAGCAGCUUGAAGAAUGCCAUCCCUGCCCAGCUGGCUCCUUCAACCAUCUCCCUGCUCAGACGGGAUGUUUUCCUUGUGGGAGCUCCUCCACAUCCAAAGCAGGUGAAACCCGUUGUACCUGCCUUGGUCAGAAUCGGGCUUUUCAGGAAUCCGAUGGCUCUUGCAUCUGCCAAGUGGGGUACAUUUACUAUGACGAACGAGGAAAGGAAGCAUCGGAUAGCAACAGCGACCAAGACUGUGAACCCCAGGUGGAGGACCGCUGUGCUCCUGGAGAGAUCCGCUUGGCAUCAACCCGCAAAUGUGUGUUCCCCGAACAGUACAACUGUUCCCCAGUUUGCGACACGGUGGGCGGGGAACUUCAUGCUGAACUUGGCAUGUGCCGCUGUGAGCAGUAUGUCUCUGCAGAGGAGGUCUGUGACCGGCUGUGCUUGCUCAGAUCCCCAGAAGCUUUCCUGAAAUUUGGUGUCAACAGGGAACUAUUCUUGAGCAUUGAAGGAGCUGAGGAGAGAGAGAUACCAAAUGCCCUGGGACCAGAUGGACAUGUGCAGAAAAGCCCAACAGUCCAUUUGUCUCUCUUUGGCGCUAGUGGUGUCUUUGGCUUCCUGCUCUCAAGCCUGGAAAUGCUGGAAUCUUUUCUGAAAGGAGAUGUUGGGCCACUUCCCCCAAGACAAAGACAUCGGCGGGAUGAAGAAGCUGCAUCAGCCCAGCCCAUGAACCCCUUACCCACGAUCCCAAAUCCCAUUGUGUGUCUGACAGCAGGAGAUGCUAUUCUUUUCCAGCUCAGCAUCAAUCCAUCCAACCGCAGAGCCAGUCAUUACCCCAUCUAUCAGAAGGAACAUCUCUACAACAGCAACCCCAACUGGGAUUUUGGUGCCUUCAGAUGGUUGGACCACCUCAUUCAAGAGACUCACCUCAACAUCUCCAGGUACCCCUGA